AUGCCGGGGACUAGUGAACACCAACACGAUACACAACCUGGAGUAACCCGGGACACAAUGGAAUAUAGCCCAGCGUACAUUACUCGUUUGGAGCUGCGCUUGGACAAGGUUCGGGCAAACCUUCAGCGGUGUCGUGAGCGCUGCGCCGAGCACCAAUCUCAGCUGGUGCAGAUCCGAGAUGCGCGUCAGGAACUCGAAAUGCACGUAAUCCAAUUGGAAGACCAGCACAAAGUUCUCUUGACAAGCUGGCAGGAGCUGAAUCAGGAGAAAGCAGAGCUGGAGUCCCGAUAUAUCCACAUCUGUUUCAUGAACAGGUCUUUGCUGCAGAUACUGUCAAAGGGAAGGGACGUGGAUAUAUUCGGGUUGGAACGACUGUUUGUGGAGCAUGGGAAACAACAGUAUACGAUAGACGGGCUUCGCGAUCAACUACGAUAUCAGGAAGCUCAGGUGCGGGCCGCUUUGUGUUUGCUGCAGAAUGUACAGAGCCCGUACUCCCCAGAUGAUGACACCGAUUCAGAAGCCACUACCACCCUCGAUCCAAAUCGCGCUGGUGAGGUGUCAUCGUAUGGGAACACGCAUCAUCAUAAUUAA